AUGGCCGCCGUAAAACAGGAAUCGCGCAACGGCGGAGAAGUUUUUACAAAACCGGAAGAUAGUGGCAACAAUGGAGUGAAUAUUUUAGAAGGAAACCAGGUUUCUUACAUAGGGUUUGAUAUUGAUUCAAUCCCUGAGUUUAUUAUCAAGAAAUAUGGAUCAUCAGCAAAGCGAUUGGAUCUCAGUUUUAAUUGUCUAAGAACUCUGGAAGGGAUUGAUAAAUUUCUAAAUUUACAGGAAUUGGUUCUUGACAACAACAACUUGGAUGACACCCUAGUGUUUCCACAUCUACCGCAUUUACAUAUAUUAACAGUCAAUAAAAAUAAAAUUACAGAUAUUGACGCCUUUGUGGACAAAGUUCGAGAAAAUUUACCGUCUUUAGAAUACCUUAGUCUCCUUGGCAACAUAGCUUGCCCCAAUGAGCUUUCAGCACCAGAUAAAGAUGAAGAGGACUACCAACGAUACAGAUAUUUUGUUCUGUACAGACUUCCUAACUUAAAAUUUCUAGAUUCCAAUCCCGUGUCUUAUAAUGAAAGGUGUGAAGCCAAAAGAGUUGGAUCAUAUAUGAAAAUAGUGAAACCACCUGAAGAAAUGUUUGAUGGUGAAGAAAGCCAGUCACCACCAACAAGUCCAUAUACACCAUUACCACAGUCAGUAAAAGAAGGAGGACAACACAAAGGUACAUUUGGACAAUGUAGAUAUAUGUACUAUGGAAGACAUUCAGAAGGAAACAGAUUUAUUAGGAACAAUGACCUUUGAACUAUUACCUCUUCACCUAUACUUUUUCUUUUUUUUCUUUUUUUGCUGAAAGUAUUCAAAUGCUCACAGUAGCUGAGUAGCUCAGGUCUUUAACUUACUUUAGAUAACUUGCCAUAUUUGUUUCAAUGGGUGAUAAAAAUUACCCUAAUAAAGUUUUAGUCUACUUUAUUAUAUUUGGUGCUAUUGGAAUCCCCUCCCCCUCAUAUUAGCUGCUUUAUUGAAUAAUUACA